CGUCACGCAGAGGAUUGUGGGUGUGCGUCCCUCGUGAGGCCCGGAGAGGGAUCCCGGACGUAUUUGGUUUCUUCGAGUGUUUGUUCAGUAAGGCGUUUAAAGAUGUCAUCCAAACAAGAAAUAAUGAGUGACCAGCGGUUUAGGCGGGUUGCAAAGGACCCAAGAUUUUGGGAAAUGCCCGAAAAGGAACGAAAAGUCAAAAUUGACAAGAGAUUUCGAGCCAUGUUUCAUGACAAAAAGUUCAAAUUGAAGUAUGCCGUGGACAAAAGAGGGCGCCCCAUCACCCACAGCACUACAGAGGACUUGAAACGUUUCUAUGACCUUUCGGAUUCUGAUUCUGAUCUUUCCAAUGAAGAUAGCAAAGCAUUGAACCAAAAGAAAAUACAGAAGAAAAAAACCCAGACUAAAAAAGAAACAAAUUCAAAAAAUUUGAUUGAGGAGAAAAAGAAAGAAACCAAUAACAUUAAUCAAAAGGAUUCUGGAAAUAAAAAUGAUUUAGAUAAUUCUGAAAGUAUUCAGAAAAUGAAAAACUUGUGUGAAUCUAAGAAGAUAGGUUCAAAAAUAAGUCCCAAGAAGGAUAGCGAAGAAUUUAUACAAAAAAAUACAAAAGAGAAAACACUUGUUCAGCAUAGUACAAACUCUUUUCCCAAAGGAAAACUAAGGACAGUAGACUCUGACAACUUUGAAACUGUGAAGUUGCCCAAAGUCGGGUGUUCUAAGACAAGAAGAGAAAUGCAAUCAGUGGUUCAACUCAUGACAGGAGACAGUGGUGGUUAUAAACACUCAACAGAUGGUAAAAUGUUUGACAAAGAUUUUCUGGAGGAAGAUUCAGAAAGUGUUAGUGAAACAGAUGAUGAAGAAUCUGAAGUUGAAAUUACAGAUGUUGGUAGAGCUUCAGCUGAUGGUGAUGAUGAUGAUGGAAGUGAAGAUGAUGAAGAUGAAGAUAGUGAGGGUGAUGAUGAAAGUGACAGUGGCCCUGAUCUGGCAAGGGGUAAAGGAAACAUAGAAACAAGUUCUGAAGAUGAAGAUGAUAUGGCAGAUUUAUUUCCAGAAGAACCCACUUUUGAGCAUGCUUGGAGAGAAUUAGAUAAAGAUGCUCCUCGAGCUGAUGAGGUUACACAUCGAUUAGCAGUUUGCAACAUGGACUGGGAUAGAUUAAAGGCAAAAGAUUUGCUGGCUCUUUUCAAUUCAUUUAAACCUAAAGGAGGUGUCAUAUUUUCUGUAAAGAUAUAUCCUUCAGAGUUUGGAAAGGAGAGAAUGAAGGAAGAGCAAGUACAAGGUCCAGUCGAGUUAUUAAGUAUUCCUGAAGAUGCCCUGGAAAAGGACUGGACCUCUAGAGAAAAAUUGAGAGAUUAUCAAUUCAAACGACUGAAGUACUAUUACGCAGUAGUAGACUGUGAUUCUCCUGAAACAGCCAGUAAAAUUUAUGAGGAUUGUGAUGGCCUGGAAUUUGAAAGUAGUUGUUCUUUCAUAGAUUUAAGGUUUAUACCAGAUGAUAUUACUUUUGAUGAUGAGCCCAAGGAUGUAGCCUCAGAAGUAGAUUUAACAGCAUAUAAACCAAAAUAUUUCACAUCUGCUGCAAUGGGAACAUCAACGGUGGAGAUCACUUGGGAUGAAACUGAUCAUGAAAGAAUUACAACAUUCAAUAGGAAGUUUAAAAAGGAAGAGCUGUUGGACAUGGAUUUUCAAGCUUACUUAGCUUCCUCUAGCGAAGAUGAAGAGGAGAUAGAAGAGGAGCUGCAAGGUGGUGAUGGAGUCAGUGUAGAAGAAGAUGGGAAAACAAAGAAAAGUCACAAGGACGAUGAAGAACAAAUCGCCAAAUAUAGGCAACUAUUGGAGGUUAUUCAAGAGAAAGAAAAGAAAGGCAAAGAAAAUGAUAUGGAAAUGGAAAUUAAGUGGGUUCCAGGUCUUAAAGAAAGUGCAGAAGAGAUGGUCAAAAACAAAUUGGAAGGAAAGGAUAAACUAACCCCUUGGGAACAAUUUUUGGAGAAGAAGAAAGAGAAAAAAAGACUGAAAAAGAAACAGAAGGCUCUUGCUGAAGAGGCCAGUGAAGAUGAACUUCCCUCUGAUGUUGAUUUGAAUGACCCAUACUUUGCUGAAGAAGUUAAAAAAAUAGGUAUAAAGAAAAAAUCAAUGAAGUCUGCAAAAGAAAGUACAUCUCCAGAGGAAGAAACUGAGAUAGAAAGACAAAAGGCUGAAAUGGCUUUACUCAUGAUGGAUGAGGAGGAGGAUAGCAAAAAACACUUCAAUUACAACAAGAUUGUGGAGCACCAAAAUCUUAGCAAAAAGAAGAAAAAACAGCUCAUGAAAAAGAAGGAAUUAUUAGAGGAUGACUUUGAGGUAAAUGUUAGCGAUACACGGUUUCAGGCGAUGUAUACUUCCCACUUGUUCAACUUGGAUCCUUCAGAUCCUAAUUUCAAGAAAACAAAAGCUAUGGAAAAAAUCCUUGAGGAGAAAGCCCGGCAAAGAGAACAAAAAGAACAAGAACUUACUCAGGCAGUAAAGAAGAAAGAGAGUGAGAUUCAAAAGGGAUCUCAGAAGAAGUCCAUUGAUCCUGCCUUGUCAAUGCUGAUUAAAUCUGUAAAAAAUAAAACAGAGCAGUUUCAAGCAAGAAAAAAACAGAAAGUCAGAUAACUGAAUAUUGUUUCUUAGGGGACUGAGAAUGUGUUCUCCUAAAGUACACAGAAAUACUAGAAGGAAUAUUUUGGGGGAACAAAACUACCUUUCAGGAAUGUGAAUAAGAUCUUAUUCUGACCAUAGUAAAAUUUUUUUUCAUAAAUACUUGUACCUAAUUGUAGAUGAUUGACAGAUUUGUACUGUAUAUUUUCAAAGAUUAAUUAUAGUUAAAUUACCUGAAUUGUAGGAUUUAUAAAAUGUUUAUACUUUCUGAAAUUUAGUUUCGACUAGUAGAAGGUUAUUCUAAAUUAGCUUUUUAAAAGACUUUACCAUUCUGUGUAAAAAGAGAGUAGUAUCUAUCUUAAGUCUGUGUAAAGGUAGGGACAAUUUGAGAAUGUGUUUAUGCAGAAGGCAGAUUUAGAUAGCAAUUGAAAUAAUUUAUUUUUUUAGCCAUAAAGGAUGGAAGCCAAGAACUUUGUUGUUUGGUCAUAUUUAGUAUAGUUUGUUUAUGAAGUUAAUUUGUAAAUAAAAGUACAAAAUAUUUCUAUUA